GAUCAAUUCUAGGCAACUCGCUCCGCCUACAUUGUAGGAAGUAGGGAAAUUUUGAAAUAAAAACUUCUGCCCUAGAAAAGAGCAUCCAAUUUUACCCAAUAUGCCCUCAUCAGAUUCAGAAAAAACUAGUGCCGAUCAUCAUAGCACGUUCGAAAAAAGCAGCUCCACUACUUCGUCAGUGUGCCUAGGGCAGGGUCUCAUAGCCGCAUUACAAGGGGUGGAUUUCCUUAGUAACCAAUUUUACAAGAAACUGGCAGUGGAGGACCUGGCUGCCAUCAAAGCGAAAUUCAGAUUGGAACGUCAGCCUGCCCCUUUUAAUAAAUCUGGAAGAGCCAAAUCAAACUUCGUGGCUCAAGAUAGCUUGGAUUCUCCACAAUCUGCCAAUUCCAUAAACUCGGCCAAUGUGGACACCAAUUACGACACUCAUGUCGACCAAGACGAAGACGAUCCCAUGAGUAUGGUUCCUAAGCACUCGAUGAGUCUCGAAAACUGGGUUUCAACGAUCACUUCACUCUUUGGGACACCCAACAUUGCGGAAGAUGCAGCUGCCAUGUUCAAACAAAUGGAUGCCAAAGAAGCUCGAGGUUUUGUCCAAUGGGAGGAUGUGCUGAACCUUUACAUCGAUAACAUGACACCCAGUUCUUUGCAUCGAGAAAUCAAAUUCUUAAGCCACAAAGGCCAUUUCAAUCGCGUUGAACACACGAAAAGGGAAACCGUACAAAAAAUCCUCGUCGUUGACACUGGAUUGACAAUUGUCUACAUUUUAGUGAGCAAAUUUGGCCAUGUCGGGAUUUACGAUGACAGACUACGACUGCAACGAAGAUACGACAUCGACAUCGACACCGAUCCCAAUGCUGAUCUGAAUGUAGCUGCAUCGGAUCCUGGAUGGGUCACGGAUGCUUUUUGGAUGGACAACUCAAAGCACGCUAUCUAUUGCACUUCGCUUCGGACUAUGCAUUUUUUUGACGCAUCGGCAUCGGUCCAUUAUGAAGAAUAUCGAGCUUUUGGCUUCAUCAGUAUUCCAACUUGCUUGGACUAUUGGUUCAAUGAGGAUGAUCUUGAGGGCGAAUCGUUGUUCUUUUUUGGCAACGAUACUGGAGGAGUUAGCGUAGUUACUUUUAAACAGCCCUUAAACUCUCUUUUUCGUAAAGACGAAGUUGAUAAUGUCCAAUGCAUUUUUUGGCCUGAAAUUGGAAAACAUCACGACUACUUGGUCGUGGAUCACACUUCUAUCGUUCAUCGAGAUGCUGUUCUCGGAUUGAAGUAUCUUUCUCGCAAUAACACGAUUAUAACAACAAGUCGGGAUCCUGAGUCCUCGGUAGUCAUCCGACACUUGAAGGGGAAACUUCAAAGCUACAUUUUCAAGCUCCAAUGGGGAGUGCGUUGCUUUGAUUUUGCUACAUUGAACGGACUGUCGUACCUGGCCACGGGGAGCAAUGACAAGAUUGUCCGCUUGUGGAAUCCAGUUGUGAUUUCAAAGCCUAUCUUGAUUUUCUCAGGUCAUAAAUACGGAUUGGCAGAAGUUAAGAUUCAACCUGAGAGAACUCUAUUGAUCUCAUAUGACAAACAUGCUAUUGUCAAGGUGUGGGAUUUAGAACAAGGAUAUUGCGUUCAAUCCUUGACUUUAGCCUUCCCCUCCUUCAAAGUUCUCGGUAAAGAAAUCGAGUUUGGGAAGCCUUCAUUUUAUACGCAAACAGCCUCUCCGACCACAUUGAUAGCUACAUGUUGCGACCUCUUGGCAGUGAUCAAAUUUGAUGAUCUAGAAAUUGAUCAAAGCAACAAUAAACCCUCUGUGGAGAGCGCCUCGCAAUCCGAAGAUCAGACUCUUUUGUGCAGCCCACAUUUUGGGCCCGGAGCACUUCUGUUGGACCCAUUGCAAUCGUUUACACUUGGCAAAGGGACUAAAGCGAUUCCUAGUUCAGGAUCCAUCCCAGUGGGGAAUUUGGCAUCCCCUCGAUCUAUUGGGACUCACAGCACUCGGUCUUCCCCGAGGUGUUCCGAUUUAAGCCGAUCCUCUGGGUGGUCCUCUGUGAGGAACAUCAUUCGUAAUCGACGAGCGGGAAAAUUGAGACAUCAUCCUAGCAUGGAUUCUGACGCUGGUUACGAACAAUUCCGCCAUUUUCAUCACACCUCUGCCAAUGCAAAUGAAGAGACAUCGUCCCUAAACGUCCUUAGAGUGACGAAGUACUUUAAUAGUUCGAAGCUGAGACGCUUUGCGAAAGACAAAAUGCCGUUUUUAGGCCUCGAGAUUUGUGGUUUGCAGGAGUUAGACUUGCACACUAAUUUGCCCCUACCUUCUUCAUUCAUUCAACAGGGAAUUACGAUUGCGAAUGUUGAAGAUCUCAUGGCUCUAUCACUGGGAGAAUCGUCUCAAAAGCUGGAUGAUCCGGGAGAAGCAGACUGGGAGUCAUCCAAUACAACUAAAUUGGAUCAGCAGGAGAGCAAGCCUCGAAAAUUGCCUGGAAAUCGACGGGCUUCCAUCUCAAUUGUCCAAGGUGAUGCUAAGACGUUGCCUAUCAUCGCGGAAAGAGCUGACACAAGCACAGUUGCAAAAAAGAGUUGAAGACAAUUGUACACAAAAUGGUUUUGGUUUUAUUUCCCUUACUAAAUAUAUGCUACAUCCGAGUGUAAA